GCGUGCAACCGCGAGCGAGCAAACCCUGCUCUCUCCUCCAGCUGCCUCUGCCACUCCUGGCAUCCGUGACCCGGCUGCCACGUCUCCCAAGGCCCUGAGCAGCCCGUGCCAAGGCGGCACCGCCCUUGACCCCCUGGGGCCCCGUUCACCUGCCCCGUGUCCCUCUUCGUGCUCAUGUCGCUCUUUGCUGCGGAGGCCCCCCCCUCUGCCCUGGCUCCCAGCCGCCGACCCCAGGGGCCCGAGGGUCGGGGCUGGAGCUUGGGCCCUGCUGCCCUCUCCGGGAGCUCGCUCCCGUGCAGCCUCUUGUCCUCUGCCUGCUGGGUCACCUCUUGGAGCCCCUGCUUCCAUCCCUGUCCAGCCUCCUUCCCUGCUCUGGGCUGUGACCGGUGCUCCCUCUGACCUGCUGUCCCACUGGGAUUGAACUGUCCCUUCUUGAAGAGUGACCUGGGUGACUUGGGCUUCGAUUCUCCCCUGCUAAGGAAUGGACACAAGGGCCCCACAAAUCCCUUCCCUUGUCCCCCUUUCUCCUUCCGUUGAAUGAAGCGGUUCAAAGCUGCUUUUUGCCACUUGUCCCCGUCUGUCCCAAUCACUAGGUUCCCUCUCACUGCUUCCCACCCCCCUCCUCCCCAGCAGUCCCCUGCCCUCAGGAAGCUGGCCCGGUGGCUGGGAGACCAGCUGCCCAGAGAAGAAAUCACCCUAGUUCUCACCAGAUUUGGGGGAGCCUCCCCUCACCUUCCCUUUCCUUGCUGCAGUUUGUCAAACCUCCAGCUUCGCACAAAAGAUCUGGAUCUCAAGCUCCUCAACCGCAUGAAGCAGCUGAAGGAGCUGGAUCUGUCAGACAACCUGCUGGAGAAGGUGCCCGAGGGCCUGGACCUCCCCUGCCUGCAGAUCCUCAAGUGCUCCAACAACCAGCUGGAGGACGUGACCCCCCUGCAGCAGUUUGCCACACUGGAGGAGGUGGAUUUUGAGGAUAACUUAUACCUGACGGUCAAUGACAAUUACAAGAUCUCCUCCCUCCUCCCCAACAUCCGAAAAAUCAAUGGGAAGGAAACAUCCUCACUGAUGAAUCAUGUGAAGAUCCUGAACCGGGAACUGACCAGCCGAGUCACUGCUUACUGGGAGAAGAACUACCAAGAGCAGCUGGACUCCCGGGCCCAGGCCAAGGACAUCCAUAAGGAAUUUGUGAAGGCUGCCGUCAAGGAAGUGCGCUACGGGCCCGAGUCCCUGAGCGACUUCACACAGUGGAAGGUGAAAAUGAUCGCCCAGCAACUGGUGACCUCGAAGCUGAACAGAAAGGAAGCCCCCUUGGAGGAGGUGUCCAAGGAAGAGGAGUCGAGCCCAGAUCCCCCAGAGACCCCGGCGGCGACUUCAAAGACCCCGGCAGCAACCUCGAAGACGCCGGUGACCCCAGCAGGAGCGCCCAACCAAGAGUAUGUGCUCAAGCUCUCAGCCUUCAAAUGGAAGAAGAGGCUCCCUUCAGACCCCCCUCCCUGCAAGAGGGCCCGGCCCUCCCCGCCCCCCCAGGACUCGAAGCCGGGUCUUGGGGAGGCCAGCCUCAGCAGCUCAAGCUGCGGCCCGUCGGCCCUGGCUGCGGGCACCCAAGGCGAGACUGAGACAGAGAGUCAGGAGCCAGUGGAGCUGCAGCCCCUGCACUUUCUGCAGUGCCACAGUAAGGGCAACAGCCCCGAGGACUUCAGCACCCAGCUGUGGGCCUGUGCCUUUGAGCCUACCUGGAGUGACGGCUCAGGACAACCCGGAGGUACAUCCCAGACAGUGGCCACUUGUGGUGGGGAGGCCGUGUGCGUCAUCGACUGCCAGACUGGCCUUGUGCUCCACAGGUACAAGGUGCCUGGAGAGGAGUUUUUCACUGUGGCCUGGACCUCUUUGACCCUGGUGACUCAGGACGGACGGAAGAAGCGCAGUAGUGUGCUGGCGGCCGCUGGCCGGCGUGGCAUCGUGAGCCUCAUCCAUGUGCGUGCAGGCUUCUGCUACGGAGACAUUCGAGCCCACCGAAAACCCAUCGCCAUGGCCUGCUUUAGCCCCUCCCAGGAGACCCACCUCUUCACUGCCUCCUACAACAAGCGCAUCACCCUCUGGGACAUCGGCCUCCCUGACUACAACUAUAAUUUCAGGCCCAGCCAGCUCCUCAUGCUGGAUGCCAGCGCCACCCCUCUGCGCCUCUGCCCGGUGCCCUCUUGCCCCGACCACUACCUGCUGGCUGGCUGUGAGGACGGCUGCUUCGCCUGGGACAUACGGCUAGAUGAGCCACAGAAGAGAAGAGAAUUUGAGAUGGUCUUCCUAUUCCCCCAAGGCCCGGGGAGAGCACACAGGAAGGUGGAUGGGCUGGGUUUUGUGAGUGAAGACGUCGUGGCCUCCAAGGGCUGUACCCCAGGCUCUAUCUGCUUGUGGAGCUGGAGUCAGUCCCUCGCAGGAAGAGGAGACAAGCAGCAGGUCACAGCUGCCAUCUUGGCAGAACUACAGUGGUCCAACACGGAGCUGCCCUACCUGACCCUCAGCACCUGUCCAGAAAAGGCCUUUGUCUUCUGCGGGGAUGAAGAGGGCAGCGUGUGGAUGUACAACAUCAAGCGUUAUCUCGAGCAGCAGCAGCAGCCCCUGCAGGCCAAGGUGGCCCCCACAAGGAUUCUCAAGUGGCCAGAUCUCUCAGCCCGAGGCAAAAAGAUGAACAAAACUUUAAUCAACACAGCGGUGGCAGACCCUACCUUUACCUACCUUGUGGCUCUGACAGACACAAACAUCAUUGCCAUCUGGGGGAGACUAGCAGCCAGCGGCAGGGUCAAAUGACUGGUUUUGUGCUUUUCGUGGUGGAAAUUGUGAGGCUCUCCCAAGUGUGCGUUUUCUAAAUGGAUAGUUUUUAACUAAACUCAAAUUAAAACAAA